GUCCACCUCCCCGUCGAGCUGCUCUGCUCCAAAGUGGAGGGGAUGUUCGUGAAGCUGCCGCUGAAGACGAGGGCGAGGCCCAGGGAGCGGGGGCGCGUCGGGUGGCUCCCAAGGCACCCGCUUCCGUGUCCGCAGCACGUCAAGGCCGUCUUCAAGACUGCCGACUACCACAAGUUCCUGAACAGUGAGAAGGAAGACGGGAUCUUCCCACGGAGACUAAGGCAGAUGGUGGCCUACGAGGUGUUGCAGGAGACGCGCUUCUCGGAGGAGGAUGGAACCGUGGUCCAGAGCCUUGCGAGGCUUCUCUCCAAGCGAGUCUAUUCCGAGGCCUUCCCCCUUCACGAGGGAGGGUAUCAGAUCCCACCGACGCUGCAGUCCAUCCCGUUGGAAGAGGAGCUGAGGCUGCUCACGCCCAGGCAACUUUUGGACAAAUACUGGGCUUCGUGGUCUUCCAUGCGAUUUUCUCAGCCCAUAGACCACAUCAGGGAUUACUUUGGAGAGCAUGUUGCCCUCUAUUUCGCCUUUCUAGGACUGUACACGCUGUACCUGUUCCCGAUGGCGCUGAUCGGCGUGGUGUUCUUCCUGGUUGGGUUCGGAGCAUUCGGGGCGCGGGACCCCGUCGUCCACAGCGUCUGCGACUCGGGAAGGGCGUAUAGGAUGUGUCCGCAGUGCGAGACGUGUGGGUACUGGUAUGCGUCGGAGCUGUGCAACCACUAUUGGUGGUCGGUGGUGGGGGAUAACAGGCUCUCGAUGGUCUAUUGCGUUCUCAUGGUUCUGUGGGCUUUCCUGGAGAUGUGGAAGCGAUACGAAAUGGAGCUGGCUCAUCGGUGGGGGACUCAAGCCUUCAUCGCUCCCACAGAUCGACUUUCGGACGGGUUUCGAGCCAUGGCCACGGAGCAGCGCAGGGACCCCAUCACUGGAGAGAUGCAACCGUAUUUCGACGGCCAGAAACGGGUCAUCAGAGUUGUGACCUCCGCGUUCGCCCUCGUGGGAAUGGUGGGUCGACAUCGUCACGCCCUCGUCAUGCCCUCGAGGGAGGCUGAUUCGGUGGCGGUGCUGGUGGCGGGGAACGUGGGGGUGGUGCUCGCGAGGGUGGUGCUCACGGGGGAGAUGGAGAAGGCGGGGGCCGCGCCGGAGUUGGUGGCGUAUGUCCCGACGUUGAUCGGGGCGGUCGUGUCCUUCGUCUUCGUCAAGAUGUGGAAGCGAUACGAAAUGGAGCUGGCUCAUCGGUGGGGGACUCAAGCCUUCAUCGCUCCCACAGAUCGACUUUCGGACGGGUUUCGAGCCAUGGCCACGGAGCAGCGCAGGGACCCCAUCACUGUGCGGGAGCAGUACGGGAGCUCCCUGGCUGAUUCGGUGGCGGUGCUGGUGGCGGGGAACGUGGGGGUGGUGCUCGCGAGGGUGGUGCUCACGGGGGAGAUGGAGAAGGCGGGGGCCGCGCCGGAGUUGGUGGCGUAUGUCCCGACGUUGAUCGGGGCGGUCGUGUCCUUCGUCUUCGUCAAGGUCAUGGAGUAUCUCUUUGAUAUGGCUGCGGAUUAUCUCAACGCGAGAGAGAUGCAUCGUACCCAAGCCAAAGCUAAUUAUCACCUCACCAUGAAGAAAUUCAUCAUCCAGUCGCUCAACUUCUACUUUCCUUUCUUUUACAUCGCCUUCCUCCAGGGAAACUUCUACGGCUACCCGGGGCACUACAACACGAUUGCUGGCUACAGGCACGAAACGGUUCUGGAACUCACUGUUUUCAUCGACUCCUUCAUUCGUCUCUGGUUCCAGAAGUGUUACGUGCCGUCCGUCUGUCAUUCAUGCAUUACUGAAUUGCAGUGCUUGCUGCACAGCUGCAUGAUCUACCUGGCCCAGCAGAUGGUCGUCUUCCUGCUGCUCCUCCAAGUGGCAGGCCAGUUGCAGGAGGUCCUUUGGCCCUUUCUCAAGCGGAGGUGGCAGCAUCGGGACACGGAGGUGCCGAGGAGGAUGCUCACGCAGAUCGAGGCUGAUUAUAUCGGCUUGGUCGAACCGGAAUCUUUGGAUUCCGAGUACCUCGAGAUGGCCUUGCAGUUCGGCGUGAUGACGAUGUUUGCCGCCUCCUUCCCUUUGGCCCCCCUGCUCGCCCUCCUCAACAACCUGACGGAGCUNACUCAAGCCUUCAUCGCUCCCACAGAUCGACUUUCGGACGGGUUUCGAGCCAUGGCCACGGAGCAGCGCAGGGACCCCAUCACUGGAGAGAUGCAACCGUAUUUCGACGGCCAGAAACGGGUCAUCAGAGUUGUGACCUCCGCGUUCGCCCUCGUGGGAAUGGUGGGUCGACAUCGUCACGCCCUCGUCAUGCCCUCGAGGGAGGCUGAUUCGGUGGCGGUGCUGGUGGCGGGGAACGUGGGGGUGGUGCUCGCGAGGGUGGUGCUCACGGGGGAGAUGGAGAAGGCGGGGGCCGCGCCGGAGUUGGUGGCGUAUGUCCCGACGUUGAUCGGGGCGGUCGUGUCCUUCGUCUUCGUCAAGGUCAUGGAGUAUCUCUUUGAUAUGGCUGCGGAUUAUCUCAACGCGAGAGAGAUGCAUCGUACCCAAGCCAAAGCUAAUUAUCACCUCACCAUGAAGAAAUUCAUCAUCCAGUCGCUCAACUUCUACUUUCCCUUCUUUUACAUCGCUUUCCUCCAGGGAAACUUCUACGGCUACCCAGGGCACUACAACACGAUUGCUGGCUACAGGCACGAAACGGUUCUAGAACUCACUGUUUCAAUCGACUCCUUCAUUCGUCUCUGGUUCCAGAAGUGUUACGUGCCGUCCGUGUGUCAUUCAUGCAUGACUGAAUUGCAGUGCUUGCUGCACAGCUGCAUGAUCUACCUAGCCCAGCAGAUGGUCGUCUUCCUGCUGCUCCUCCAAGUGGCAGGCCAGCUGCAGGAGGUCCUUUGGCCCUUUCUCAAGCGGAGGUGGCAGCAUCGGGACACGGAGGUGCCGAGGAGGAUGCUCACGCAGAUCGAGGCUGAUUAUAUCGGCUUGGUCGAACCGGAAUCUUUGGAUUCCGAGUACCUCGAGAUGGGUCGGAGUUUUUAUGCAUUUAUUCAAAACUUUACAGAUGAUAGUAGUGUUGUUCUGUGGAGGCGCAAUGUUGCUGCCUUGCAGUUCGGCGUGAUGACGAUGUUUGCCGCCUCCUUCCCUUUGGCCCCCCUGCUCGCCCUCCUCAACAACCUGACGGAGCUGAAGACGGACGCCCAGAAGUACACGCGGAAGCAGAGGCGACCCCGGGCGGAGAUCGUCAGGGGGAUCGGGAUCUGGUACGAGAUCCUCGUCCUCCUCGCCUUCGCCGCCGUUCUCACCAAUGGCUUCAUGAUCGCGUUUACGUCGAACGUGUUGGCUCAGAUGAAAUUUCAGAGUUUUGUGGACGAGGAUUUGGGUCGUUUUCUCAAUUACAGCCUGGCGUUUGCGCCUGUGAAUACGACCGAUGAACCCUGCCGAUAUUGGGGUUAUGCCGAUGAAGAGGGGCGCUAUUCCAAAUUCGGCCUCGAACUCCUCAUCGCCAAAUUGACCUUCUGCCUCGUGUUCGAACACGUGGCGAUAUUGACAGGGAUUUUUAUCCAGUUCCUCAUCCCAGACGUGCCUCGACGGGUGGAACUCGCCUUGAAGAAGGAGGAGCACGAGGCGAAGAAGCUCAUGAAAUAG